AGAAGCUCGGGCUCGAAGAGAGCGGCGACAUUGCUCCCUGCGUGCAAGACGGUAGCUGAAGUUGACAGCCAUGGCUCGCUCGUCGACUCUGAUGACUCUUUGCGUGGCGAUCGCCGCAUGCCUGGCGCUCCGAUGCAGCAUGGCCUUCCUCAGUGCCCCAGCCCCACAGGCACAGCUCCGAGGGACGCCCCUCGAGAUCGCUGCCAGCGCCGCGGUGCCAGCGGCGCUUCUGACACCAACAGCCGCCAUGGCCGCGGAUGGUGAGGGCAUGCCUUCCGUGGUGCUGGGAGUUGGCAUCCUGUGCAUGCUGGCAGCCUUCAGUGCGGUCUCCAGCGUCAUCAGCGCAACCGUCACCUCCGAGCUGGAUUAAACUUUUCUCAGCCGUUUGAGUGCUGCGUCGAUUGGCUGCAAGGCGCGCGCCAGCAGCGGAUGUUUUUUCCCGACUUUCCGCAAGACAUUUGCUGGAAAACGUGAUGUGGCUAAGUUGGAACUAAGGAUGCUGGAGAUUGCUGGGGCGUUGUGCUUGUUGUGGGGGAUGAUGAUGAUGAUGAUGAUGAUGAUGAUGAUGAUGAUGAUGAUGAUGAUGAUGAUGAUGAUGAUGAUGA